AUGCACAUUUAUUUGGGUUUUAUGUCUGAAAAGAGUACACCGCCUAUUGAAGAAAACUCCUGGAGGCAUCGGCGGCUGCGCAGUGAGUUGAAAACAUUGAAGACAGACCCUCCAGAAGGAAUUCAGGCCACCCCACUAGACCGCCACUGUUGUCACUGGCAGGCAUCCAUUACCGGUCCUCAAGGUAGUCCGUAUGAGGGAGGCUUGUUUCUACUUUAUCUACAGAUACCUCAAAGCUACCCCAUGAGGCCACCAAAAGUCCGGUUCAUCACCAAGAUCUUUCACCCCAACAUCUCUCGUCACGGUGACGUGGGCCUGGACUCUAUUCACCACAACUGGAGCCUGGCUUUGACCAUCUCCAAGGUUCUUAUUAGCAUUCAGUCACUGUUGACAGACCCCUACUGCACAGUUUGCAUGGAGCCGGCCAUUGGAGAGCUCUUUAAAAGGGACAGAAGCCAGUUUGACCGAAUGGCUCGCCUGUGUACAUGGAAGUUUGCCAUGCAUGACUAUGUCAUGGCCUGGAACAUUGACACUAAUGGGGUGUAA